CUUGCAUCAUAGCAACCGUUGUCACGGCAACCGUCGUCAAGGACGCGCGGCCUGAGCUGAGGCCGAGAAUAAGCCUCCGGUCUUUCCUAGUCUCGCGGGACGGAGCAUGGCGCACCUCGGCCAGUGGGGAGGCGCCGCCCGAGCGGCCCUAGGCGGGGACGCCGAGGAGCAGGAGCAAGAUCCGAUGGAAAAGGAGAUGGAGGAGGAGGAGGAAGGCACCCGGUGGUGGGAGCUUUGCGCCGCGUUCACUGGCUCUGAGGCGGGGGACGUGGAGGUGGCCCGGGCCCUCUGGAGGUCGGCCUGCCUGGAGCCGCCGCUCGAGUCGCGUCUCGUCUCGGCCGACAUCAGGCAACGGCUGCGGGUGGCGGACAGGGAGCGGGGCCCGCGAAGCGAUACACAGGCACCACUUUCAACUGACACAAAGGAGCAAGACUUUUCCAUGAAGACAAGGUUAAAAGAAAAAGUGGAAGAGAGGACCAAAUAUGAAAAAUGUGCGAAACGUCGUGAGGAUAUUCUGACUUUGCUCCGUAAGCAAAGGGAAGACAGGAUGAAGCACGAACUGUACCCAGCCCUGCUGAGCUUCUUAGAUCUGACAAGACCAGGCACAUUCCAGAAAGAGCUGGUUUCCCUCCCAUACAAACCAAAGUGAUGCCGAACUGCACUCCACCCAACUCAAGGGUCCCCAUGUGAACGGGAUUCAUGAAUACAAAUGCGAGAUGCCUCCAUCAACACACACCCAAGGGAUGACCAGCAACAUGAGAGUGUGACGUUGGCAGUGAAUGUCUGACUGAUUGGUGUGACGUGAACAUGUGCUGUUUCGACAAUUGGUGGCAUCUGUUUCGACAGCAAGACUCUUGGCUGUUUGUCCAUCAUAUAGUAUCAAACAUAAAAUCAGGCUUCGAGCAAGGCCUCUAUUGUUUAUUCUGCGGUUAAUUUGCCCUAAUGAUUCAACUUUACAUGUUCCUACAGCAUGAAUAGUUUUAUACAUCACACAUUGCUGUGUUGUCAACUUGGCCACUUUGUUUAAAUAAUACAGUACUUUCGCAUGCUAAAAUCAUAUAUCACCCCUUGAUGUGUGUGUAUGGAGAUGUCCGUGUGGUUGAAACUGUUUCUUAUUCAUCAUUGUAACCACUGAUAACCACUAAACAAAAACUUUAAUAAAAAAAUCAAUUCUAAAUAUU